AUGGACCACAGCGCGUACUACUCGUCAGCAUCACCGGAGACUAAGAUGGAGCAAAUCCCGGAGACCGAUAUCUAUACCCCUUCCGGAUGGACAGACGGCAUGUUUAUGGCACCAGCAGCUCCAUUCUCGCCAGUCAUGAGUGACACUGACCAGAGUACCUAUACUCUUCCGGCAUCGGACGCAAGCUUCACAUCCCUCGGACCGUCAAUGUCACACGAAGUGUCCUCGAUAGACUCUUAUCAACCAAAUGUCUGGGCUCCUGAGCAAUCAACUUACAAUUUCUUUGCAGAGCCUGCUAUGGCUGAUAUCGAGAUGUUUGCUUUCCCUGCUCAAAGCAUGGAUGUUCCUCAACCCACUUUCAACACCUGGUAUCCCGUGCCGGAGAUCUCCGCUGAAGCGUACUUUCCCACGAACGCGCCAGGACAGAACUUUGCCGGGAUGAUCCCACAGACUGCCGGAUUUGUAGGCAAUCAAAUGACCAUGAUCCCUUCCACCGGACAUAACAACACGAUCCCUCGUGCUGGUCACGUCAGGGUUGACAGCCUGUAUGCUCAGGCUUGCCCACAAGAUGUCGCAGUAAGUCACAACCGGAUUGUAUCGGAUGCCCAUAUCCAGGAUGCUGCUGGACCCCGCCGGAUGACCGUGCCCGUGACCCUGAACGAGCCUGUACAGGUAGUUCCCAUGCCAAAAAUGGACCCAGACGUACCUUAUGGAGCCCCAAUUCAACAAUACAGGACGGGAUUUAUUAACGGAUCAAGCAUGCCAUUCAAUGGACAACCUUGCGCUCAGAUCUUGGGAAGCAACGUUUCAGUAUCUUCCGUCGGUAGUGUCGCUCCUUCCGGAUAUGAAGACGUCCCUGGAAGUCCAGCAUCGUCUACUGCGACCACUAGAACCAAAGCCGAGGACCACGAUGGCCGUGCACGCACUGACCCUUUGUAUUCCACCAGGCCUGGUAGAGACGGCAGCUAUCACUGUCCAUUCCUUGCAUCCGAAGGAUGUCAGCACAAGGCUACAAAGCUCAAGUGCAACUAUGACAAGUAUAUUGAUUCGCAUAUUAAACCGUUCCGCUGCAAACACCACAACUGCAACAACAACCGGUUCUCCUCCACCGCUUGUCUUCUUCGCCAUGAGCGCGAGGCUCACGGACUACACGGACAUGGCAACAAGCCCUUCCUCUGCGAGUUCAAGGAUUGUGACCGUUCAGGCCCGGACAAUGGAUUCCCCAGAGCUUACAACUUACUUGACCAUAUGAAGCGUGUGCACGGCUACCGCCCGGAAAAGGUCUCCAAAACACCUCCUGCCUCCAAUGCCGGGCGAAAUGCCGGGAAAUCACGGGACAAGGUGAACAAGAGAAAGACCAUGGGAGAAGUGGUCGACCAGAGAAGAGCAUCUACAGUCAAGAAGGAGACUGCAUCUCCAAGGCUUGCGCAGAAGCUUACCGUCGACUCUCGCACUGCCCACUGGCAGGCUCAGGUCAAUAUAAUGCAGAGACGCUCCCGCCAAUUUGGAUGA